AUGCUGGUCGGUUCUUUUCUUGCUGGUACUAUGCCACUAUUUUUCUCGCCAUCGGAGAAAAGGUUAAAACCUAUAUCAUCAUUUGGAAUUGGUUUACUAGUUGGAACGUCUUUAAUAGUGAUUAUCCCUGAGGGUAUCGAAACAUUAUACAGUGCGCACAGAGAAAUAUAUCCGGUUACUUAUUCUUCUUCCAUAAAUUAUAAUACAAAUCCGAUCGAAGAUUCUCCAAUAGUAAGACGUGAUAUUUUUCCAGAAUCUGAUCAUGAAACAUAUUAUAUAUCCCGCGAGAAUAGUAAAUUUAUAAGAGUAAGAAACAGAAUUGAUAGAAGACAAGAAUCAUCGAACAAUGAAGCAAAUUCUAUCGCUCCACCCUCUCAAAAUAAUGAUGAAAAUGAUAAAGAAAACCCUGCUCAUCGUUAUAUAGGAAUAGCUUUAAUAUCAGGAUACACAUUGAUGUUCUUAAUCGAUCAAAUUGGCGCUUCUCAUACUCAUUCUCAAAGUCAUCUUGACACUAUUGAAUAUACUGAAAUGAAUGCGUUUGCGGAAGACAAUAUUCUUCAUGACAAUGAUAUCCUUAAUGAUAAUAGUACCAGUAAUCCACCAGCAAUGAUUAAGUCGCACUCUAUAACCAUUGGACUGAUUAUUCAUGCAGCUGCAGAUGGCAUCGCUCUCGGAGCAUCAGCAAAUCAACCUACUAUUGAAUUUAUAGUUUUUCUGGCAAUUAUGUUGCAUAAAGCACCUUCUGCCUUUGGGCUUUGCACGAUUCUCCUCCGUGAGGGUUACAGUCAUAAAAAAAUCCGGAAACAUGUUGCAAUUUUUUCAAUGUCCGCCCCUUUGGCUGCUGUUAUAACCUUUAUGCUACUGCAAAGUAAGGCUCAACUAAAUCCGAAUAGUAUGCAAUGGUGGACUGCGAUCUUAUUACUCUUUUCUGGAGGUACUUUCCUAUAUGUGGCGAUGCAUGUAAUGCAAAAUCUCAACAAUGGUCAUAGUUCCUUUGGAAAAUUAUCAGGUCGAAAUAUUGCCAUUCUAAUAUCGGGAAUGUUCUUUCCACUGCUAUUAGAAUUCGAGCAUGCACAUUGA